AUGAGUGGGCCUUGGAGGCCUAUUGGAUUAAGUAUAGCACCUCUCGCCCAAACACCAAGCCGUACAUAUGCGCAUUUCACCAACGGAGAUUUUGGCAAACCUCCUAAGACCCUUGGAGAGAAAGCCUUGGAGGACUUGCAGAACGAUCCUCUCUGCCCUGAAGACAUCUCCGCUUCUGACCAUGCCCUUGACGUUGGGUACCAGAUCAUCCGCGGUUCAACAAAAUCCCCGAUGUCUCGACUGCGCUCCACUGAAGACUUCGAGCAAUCGAAGGAGACCGUUUCAGACCUUCAACAGCAUGGGGCAGGUAAAGGGAAGAAGUGGGCUGUUCAUAUUACGCUCAAGAUUGAUUUCAGACCUGCCGACAGUACCAGCAGUGAAUCCGAUGGUGAACUACCCAAUGCUGCUAGGACAAAUAAGGGUGGACGCAAGGAUAAAGGCGAAAAGAAGUACGGGAACAACCCUACGAAGCGUAUGCUGAAGGAUAUUGAGAAGGCAAACAAGAACAAUCAAUUCAAACAGUCGGUUUAA